AUGAGCUCCUACGUAGCCAAUUCAUUCUAUAAGCAGAGCCCCAAUAUCCCUGCCUAUAACAUGCAAACUUGUGGGAACUAUGGAUCGGCCUCAGAGGUGCAGGCAUCCAGGUACUGCUACGGCGGAUUGGACUUAAGCAUCACUUUCCCACCGCCUGCGCCUUCCAACUCUCUCCACGGGGUAGACAUGGCUGCCAACCCCCGGGCUCACCCCGACCGCCCCGCCUGCAGCGCCGCUGCCGCUCCGGGACACGCUUUGGGCAGAGAUGAAGCGGCUCCUCUGAACCCCGGGAUGUACAGUCAGAAGGCGGCUCGCCCGGCGCUGGAGGACCGAGCUAAGAGCAGUGGGGAAAUCAAAGAGGAGCAGGCGCAGACAGGGCAGCCCGCCGGACUGAGCCAGCCACCGGCCCCGCCACAGAUUUACCCGUGGAUGACCAAACUGCACAUGAGCCACGAGACGGACGGCAAGCGGUCCCGAACCAGUUACACGCGCUACCAGACUCUGGAACUCGAGAAAGAAUUCCACUUUAACCGCUACCUAACUCGCCGCAGGCGCAUAGAGAUCGCCAACAACUUGUGUCUCAACGAGAGACAGAUCAAGAUCUGGUUCCAGAACCGCAGGAUGAAGUGGAAGAAAGAUUCCAAAAUGAAAAGCAAAGAGGCUCUUUAGAAGCUGUGCGGAGGCCCGCAGAGCGCGCCCGCUCCAGCUCCCGCUCCUUUCCUUUUCUGUUUUCCUCUCUCUAGAUUUCGGGGCU